AUGAUAUCCGACAUUCUGGCCGUGUUCGUCGUUACACUUGUCUCAUCAUUGUUUUUACCCACCACAUAUGUGCAUGGUUUCCCGAUCUCACCAUCAACCCUUCGCUAUAUCCGUCGUCAUCCAUCUGCUGAUUUAUAUUCUUCACUCAGGCUCUUGCGUCAUCAUCCAAUACCGAGUAUUGAUUAUGAUUUAGGUGGUGAUAUAUCUCAAAUGUUGAUUGGCGAAAGCAGCGAAUUAUCAACAAUUAACGAUCAAGAUGAUCAUUCAUCAUUCUUGGAUUCUUCUCUUCAUGCAUCCCAUGAGCCAUUCGAGUUUUAUCGUCAACCAUUAUCAUCUAAAUCAUUGUCUAGAAAAUUAUUAUUAUUAAAAAACCAACAUCAACAAAAAGAAGAAGACGAACAACAAGAAGAAGAACAACAACAACAACAACAAGAGAAACGAUCCUCAUCACCAUUAAUGGGUACAUCACCUUCAUUACCGACACAAUUCAAUUUCAAUCCGGCUAUCGCUUCAGGAGCAUAUGCUGAUCCAUCUCAUGCAAAGAAUAUUGUCAAUUUUAGUCAGUUGAAUGAAUCGACACGUUUAUCACCUUCUCUCAAGCUUUUGGUUGAAACAAAUCCACUUGCGCGUGCUUGGCUUACUCUACUCUUACAAAAAGUUAUGGAAGAACAACAAGUACCGUACAUUUUCAAGUAUGGUCGACGUCGCAAGAAAUAA